AGCAGCAAUUAGUACUGGAAAACAGUAGCAAGAUGUAUUUCCCAUUAAUUACGAUACUCAGCAUAAUUAUUUGUGCAUGUCAAGUACUAAGCCAAGCUAAUACUUAUGAGUAUUCAGACCAAUAUCCAUGGUCACUUGUUUAUACAUUAUAUCCAUUUUAUAAUUCUGAAACAUUACUUGAAGUGUGGAAGGGAGACAAAACUGUUGAUAUUUCUACCAAUGUAGUAACUUUAGCUCCUCAUGAACAAGAGCAGACAAUUUUGUACUCUGAUGAUGUACAACAUAAUGGCACAAGCUUGAAAUCUCAAGAUAAUUCACCUUAUUUUUUAACAGAAGCAAAAAAUAUAAAUGAAGAACAAUUAUCAAAGAACAGACAACGGCUAUCUAACUAUAGAAACAGACACAAGGAUACAAGUCUUCAAAAUGAAUAACAAGAUAUCAUUUGGAUAAUAACUGGAUUUCAUGAUUUGAACA